AUGGCCAAUUCACGGGAGGAGCUCCGCGUCCUGCAGAGCCGACUGGAGUACGUGGAGCGCCGGGAAAAGGAGCGCGAGCAGGACCUGUACGAGCAGCUGAAGAGCCUGCAGCUGGAGCUCUCGCAGCUGCGGGGCGUCUUCGGCGGCGCGGAAGCGGCGUGCCGCCAGGAGAUGUCGCGCCUGCAGCAAGAGUGGCAGGUCUCAACCGCGGCAGCGACGGAGGCGCAGCAGAAGGCGGCGGCCAUUUGGCGCGAGUUGGUGGCGGAGGAGCGAGAGCGGCUUGCGACGGAGCACCGGAGGCGGGAGCGGGAGCGGUUUGACGCCCUCCACCGAGCGGUUGGAAACCUCGCCGAGGAGCUGGCUGGCCUCUCGGACACCGUGGCGGCGGCCGGCACGGGGAGCAGCCAACUCCCGUCGCAGGUGGAACAGGAGCUGAAGCAGCACCGGUCAUGGUUGGAGCGGCACAAGCGCGAAGAGACCGAGUUUUUAAAGCUCUUUGAGGAGACUUGUACGCAGCUUCAGGACGCGCUUCGUGCCGAGCGGCGGGCGCGGGAGGAAAGUAUGAAUCGCAUCGAGGAGCUGCUGACGCGCCGUGGCGGUGAUGCCGCCACCGCCCUCGUCCCGACGAGGCAUCGCUUCUAG